AUGAGCGGGGUAAACCAGUGGAGUGUCUCCGAGUUCCUCCUCCUGGGGUUCUCCAGGCAGCCCCAGCAUAGCAGCUUCUUUCUGAGCAUGUACCUGGCCACAGUCCUGGGAAACCUUUUCAUCAUCCUGGCUAUUGGUGCAAACUCCCACCUGCACACUCCAACGUACUUCUUCCUCAGCAACCUGUCCUUUGUGGACAUCUGCUUCUCCUCUGCCAUUGUUCUUAAAAUGCUGGCAAAUCACAUACUCCAGAGUCAGACAAUCUCCUUCCCUGGGUGUCUCAUGAAGAUGUAUUUUCUCAUUAUGUUUGCAGACAUGGACAAUUUUCUACUGGCUGUGAUGGCCUCUGAUCACUUUGUUGCUGUAUGCCACCCUUUAUACUACAGAACAAAGAUGUCCCAUCAGCUCUGCGCCCUGCUGGUCACUGGGUUGUGGGUCACUGCCAAUCUGAAUGCUCUGUUCCAUACCCUGCUGAUGGCCCAACUCUUGUUCUGUGCAGACAAUGUGAUCCCCCACUUCUUCUGUGAUGUGACUCCUCUCCUGAGACUCUCCUGCUCGGACGCACACCUCAAUGAGAUGAUGAUUCUCACUGAGGGGUCCCUGAUAAUAAUCACCCCAUUUGUUUGCGUCCUGGUUUCCUACAUUUGCAUCAUCUCUGCUGUCCUUAGAGUCCCAUCCACAAAAGGAAGAUGGAAAACCUUCUCCACCUGUGGUUCCCACCUGGCUGUGGUUUACCUCUUCUAUGGCACAAUCAUUGCUGUGUAUUUCAACCCUUCAUCCUCCCACUCAGCUGAGAAAGACAUCGCAGCUGCUGUGAUGUACACAGUGGUGACCCCCAUGCUGAACCCUUUCAUCUACAGCCUCAGGAACAAGGACAUGAAAGGGGCCCUAAGAAAAGUGAUUUCUAUGAAAUUUUUUUCUGUUCAAUAAUCACAUGGACUCUGAAAGUCAUAAAGGAUAGUUUGUAAUAAAAUCUUUUUUUUUUCUUCCUAUUUUUUUUUAUUCUCUGAAACAGC